UCUCUCUCUCUCUCCUUUAUUGUUUUCUUUUUGUUUCUUGCCUCAACAACUAAUUCCAAUUAGGAUGAAUUAUAUAAAUUCAACGAUUGAUUGUUCAUUUAAUUGAACCAUUUAAUUAUCUAGAUUCUAUUUAUUUCCAUUCAAGAGUGAAAACAAACAGUUCUUUCAAUAUCUUCCCAGGUGUAUGUUGUUAUUUAGUCUUGGAUAUUGACAACAAAGUCAAUUUAUCUCUUUGUGUCUCUCCCUUUCUCUUUCAUCUUCUUUUACCUGUAUAAUUUGAUUUACCAUUUCCAUCUUUAAUCAGUGUAAAUUGUCGUGUAAUUUAAGUGAAUAUAAUUGAAUUUAAUCUUCUAAAAUGACUCCUCCAUCAAACGUUAAACCGGGAAAGAAAAGAGAUCUGAAGGAGAAAAUAGUUCAAAUCUAUGAGAAUCUAUUGAGAAUUCAAUCCAUCAACAGUUGCGAUCUUGUAAACAAUGAGGCCUAUUGGAAUGAAUUUUACCUUCUACGAUCUAAUCCUAAGGCUUUGGUUGAUUUACUGACUGAAUUAAAUUACGAUGAGCUGGUUGAGUCUGGCAAUCUGAUUAACCUUCUAUUCACCCAAUCUGCCAUUACCCUAAAUUGUGAUAAUAAUAUAAAAAUUACCAAUUCUCUGGUUACUCUGUUAACCUUAUCGAGGACCAUUUUUGGAUCAACAAAGGUUAAGGUUGAAAAUCAAUUGGAUAUAUUGAUUGGUAAAAAUGAUCUAAACCUUAAAGUGGACCUGUUAACAUCUAAAUUGUAUGAUUUUCUUGUGGCGGACAAUCCAGUUUCCUUUAAAUCACUUGUCAUCAAAUUGUAUUUAACCUUUUUAACGGGCUACGAUGAUAUAAACGCCAACCCUUUUGCUGAGCAUUUGAUGUCCGAUGAACUUUUCGAUGCCUUCAUUUCAAUUUUUGUCUCUCCAAUAGCCCGACAAGCUUAUGGUUACCAAGCAUUACUAAUCAUCACAAUCUUAAUCAACCAUAGGAAAAACAAGGUUAUUAAUCCAUUUACUGUUCGAUUGUCGAUACUUGACAAUGAAGUGGUUCACAAUGGAUUCGCUCAAGUUAUCUCACAUUCUUUCAUUGAAUUUAUAAAAAAAUUCUACGAUAAAAAGGAAGAAACAACCAACACUGGCCUUCUAUCUAGUAUAACCUCCAUGGUGGGUAAUAUGUUUGCCCCGGAGGAAGAAUCGAUUGACUUGAUUGGCCUCGAUCCAGAUGAUGGUAUUCUAAUGGCCUUUUAUGGAAUUGUACAUUUAAAUCGUAACUUUAUCUCACAAUUAGCUAACAUAUCAGCUGAAAAUCAUGGUAAUAAAUCAGGACCAUCAACAAACACCAUUGGAAAUGAUAAUAUGACAAGUGACUUAAAUUUACCUUCCAAUUUAUUAGUAAUUUUCUUUGAAUUUUGUUCAAUUGUAAUGUUACAAACAAAAGACGAGGAAAACUUUGAUACUUCUCGUUUGUGUUUCGUCAUUUUAACUUGUAUUUCAGAGGAUCAAUGUGCCAACGCAAUUAUGCAUGACCUAAAUAUCGUUCAUGCUGUUAAUCUCCAUAGACUGCCAAUGCGACAUCGUAAAGUUGUUGAUGAAGGAAACAAAUCAUCUCGACCUUUAGCUUAUUCAGUGAUGGAUUUGAUGGUUGAAUUUAUCUCAACUCACCUUAGGAAAAAUUUCCUCUGUGAAUUAUAUACACUCUGUAUUGGUGUAAUUCAUAGGCUUUUAUGUUACCAGAAAAAGAGUAAAGUCCGAUUCAAUUACACUUGGCGAAAUCUCUGGAAUUCUUUGAUUAAUCUUCUUAAAUUUUUGGUUAAUCAUGAAGCUGAUUUAGUCAAAAAAUGCAGUAUUUUACUUUUAGCAAAUCAAAUUGUCAACAUUUUCAAUCUUUUCAUCACCUUUGGAGAUACUUUUCUUCCCUCACUACAAUCAUAUGAUGAUUUACAUUAUGAAAUCAUAAGAAUGCAUAAAGUUUUUGAUAAUUUAUAUUCUAUCGCUCUCAGGUAUUCAUCAAUGGACGGAUCACCAUGUAAAGAUCAUGCAACUCGUCUGGCGAGUUCACUAAUUAAUGUAAAAUCGAUAAUUGGCCAUUUUAACGGCAAAAUCGAAGCUUGGUCAGUGACCAAUCAAAUUUCCUCUUUGACCGAAGAUCAAGUUCUAGAUGUAGUUCGAAAUAAUUACGACUCGUUGACGUUAAUCUUACAAGACGGACUCGAUCAAUAUGAAAAUUAUUCACCUGACAAGAUUCAUGAGAUCGCCUUUUUCAAUCAAAUGAUUAAGAAAGUAAUCAUUAACUCUCGAUCUAAUCAAUUAGAUUUCACUCAACAAGAUCAACAAACUUUAAUGCAAGACAUACUUACUCUUAAUUUAUGACAAUCGAUGGCGCAUUAAUAACAAGUGAAGAUUAACUUGCAAGUUUCCUUUAUUCAAUUUGUUUAGGUGAACAAUAAAAACCUUUUCUCAUGAAACAA